CUGUGCAUGCAUAUGAGGACUCUUCUUGGCAUCAUCUCUCUCCUUCUCUUUCUCUUGUCUUUCCCCUCUGCAUCGGAGUCGUAUGGUCUCCGCAGGCUUCAGGAGAAGGGCGGCUACCUCACCCAAGAGGAGCACUGGUUCCACCAAACCCUCGAUCACUUCUCCCCCACGUGUCAUAGUAUAUUCAAGCAGCGAUUUUACGAAUUUCUUGAUUACUACCAAGCUCCAAAUGGACCAAUAUUUCUCAUAAUUGGUGGUGAAUCAGAACUAGAUGGGAUCUACCACAGUUAUGUAUCUGUGCUAGCAAAGAAGUUUGGUGCAGCUUUGGUUUCUCUUGAGCAUAGGUACUAUGGAAAGAGUUCACCUUUCAAAAUACUGUCAACAGAAAACCUAAGGUUUCUAUCCUCCAAACAGGCAUUGUUUGACUUGGCUGUUUUCCACAAAUAUUACCAAGAGCAUUUGCAUGGAAAAUAUAAUAUGUCAGAAUAUGAGAGUGCAUGGUUUGUGAUUGGUAGCUCAUAUGCUGGAGCACUUAGUGCAUGGUUCCAUUUGAAGUUUCCUCACCUAACUUGUGGGAGUCUUGCAAGCUCUGCAUCUAUUCUUGCAAGCUACAACUUCAUUGAAUAUGACCAACAGGUUGGAGAGUCAGCUGGUGCUGAAUGUAAAGCUGUGUUGCAAGAAAUUACUACUCUUGUGGAUAGGAAACUUGAGGAAGAAGGACAACAAGUGAAGAACUUGUUUGGUGCAACUAAGAUUAGCAACAAUGUCGACUUUUUGUAUCUUCUAGCUGAUGCUGCAGCUGCAGCUUUUCAGUAUGGGUUUCCUGAUGAUCUAUGUUCUCCUCUUGUUGAUGCCAAGACAAAUGGGAAGGACUUAUUGAGAGUAUAUGCUACUUAUGUUAAGGAUUAUUAUCUUAGGAGAUACUCAUCGAUCGAACUUUACGAUCGACAACAUUUUCGGAAUACGACUCCCAAUGAAAUUAGCGCGGGUCGAUUAUGGUCUUUCCAAAUUUGUACCGAAUUUGGAAAUUUCCAAGUGGCACCAAAAUUUGAUGCUAUUCGUUCGCCAAAGAUUGAUUUAAGGUAUCAUCUGGACCUUUGCAAGGAUAUGUUUGGAGAAGGGAUCUCCCCAAACCUGAAUAUGACCAACAUUUAUUAUGGAGGCACAAAUAUUGCUGGUUCAAAAAUAAUCUUUACCAAUGGCUCACAAGAUCCUUGGCGCCAUGCAUCCAAGCAAACAUCAACCAAAGAUUUGCCUUCCUACUUGAUCAAAUGUCACAAUUGCGCGCAUGGCAUCGAUAUCAUUGGUUGCCCUAAGUCAGCUUCAAAAAUUAAAGGUGGUCUGGAACAGUGCACAACAGCGGUGCAACAAGUGAGACAGCACAUCACAGACCACAUUGGCUUGUGGCUUUCACAAUGUUCAGUCACUAUGAGUUCAUAA